UAACUUCCUAUUAUGUAAGCGUAGAUGUAGGUUACAGCUUAUUUCUGUACACAUUUUGAAAAUGCAGAGGUGCAUAUAAAAUAUCCAUACAGUUACAAUAACAAAAUUAUUUAAUAAAUAUAUAACAAUUUCUUAAAUACUAAUACAUUGUAUGCUAAAGAUAAUGGGAAGCUAUUUCUUUUGUGAAAAUAUUUAUUAAUCAAUUUAUUAAUCAAAUUAUUAAUUAAACCAUGUAGUGGCAAUUCAAAGGAAAUGAAUUCGUAGCAACAGAUUGCUUCAUACUUUACAGUGAUUUCAUCUUUGAGUUUUAAUGAUUUAUUGUAUGCAAAAAUGCACUGAUUGAAUCUUUAUGUGAUGAACAUUUAAUUUAAAAAAAAAUUGAUUAUUAAUUAAUUUUUCAAAAAUUCUUUUGAUUUUUUGAAACAAGAAUUGAAAAAUAAGUAUAUAUAAUUAUCAACCAAUGUGUUUCUCCAGUUGCAAAUCGAAAUUGGAGGAUGUCCAAGAAACAAACAUAACUUUGGUUCUUACGUGAUCGAAAAUAAUUAACGACAUUAUUAUGAAACCUUGUUCUUCUUAAAACACUUUUACAUUCUUAUAAUAUAAAAAAAAGGAAUAGGUGAAGGUUUGACGACGUAACCUUCGGAAAACUUUUUUAGUGAUUCUGUUAUUAGAUUUUACUAUUAUUAGAUUAUAAGAUUCUUUUUUACGAUAAACUCGUAUUUUUUAAUUUAAAAAAAAUUUAAAAUAAAAUAUGAGAUACGUAAUCUUCAAUCAGAAAUACAAUAAAUAAAUUAAAGAUGACUCACAUCAAUAGAUUUAAAUUUAUGUAAUUAACAUUACAAAUCCAAGAUACUUUAGAAUUUAAACCGAGCUUCAUUCUCAAAUAUUCUUAUCGCUAAAUUAAUUAGAUCAAAAAUGAUUUAGCUAUUAAAAUUAAUUAUCUUUAUCAUCGUGUUAGAGAUACAAGAUAAAAAUAACAUAUAUAUAUAUCAUUUCCAAGCUAACAUUUUAAUAUUUUUUCCGUAUUGAAAGUAUGUCACCUUUGACAUUAUUUUAUCAUAGCGGAUGUUUGUCACGUGAAUAGUGGUAAACAUUUAGAUACAAGAAUAUCCGAAUAUCUAUCUUUUCAUUUCAUAUACCACUUCUGACUUAUUAACAUUUUAUCUAUCAAUAUGUACCUAUUAAUAGAUUUUUUUUUAAAUAGACCAACUCUUAUUAAUAUGUCUAUUAAUCCUUUUAUUCCUUAUUAAUUGCCUUUUCGAUACAAUUAACGAGUCGAUCGUUACUGAAUGGCAACCUCAAUCAUGAGCGAUAGAUAAGCCAUUAAAAUUCUUUCGAUUAAAACGAGUACAAACAUGUCGUGAUCAAUGUCUUUCGUGUAAAGUAGUCAUUUCUUAUUCCGGCGUGAGAAAGAACAAUGGUGAACAGCUAAUAUUAUAUCUCGCUCGGUUAUCAACACGGAAGUAAACCGUUCGGUGCUUUUCAUUGUCAAACGCACUUCACGAGUAAUAUACCGUUAACGCAGAAUAGCGCAUAAAUCGCAGUCGUCGUGCAUAACGAUCAAUCGUGUCGCGUGGACAUUUAUCAAGAUGCACGGACUCGCGUGCACGCGGCCAACCGAGACGAACGAGCGACCGUUUCUUCUAGAUCCUCCUGGAUCCAUGAGAAAACGCGGGAAAAAAAUGCUCGAAGAAGGAUUAAGCCAAAGAUCAAUUAGUCACGCAAUAUGAGCGCAUGCAUGAUGCGCAUGCGUGAGAAUUUAUAAAUGUUCAGCAGAUUUUCAAGUCUUCAAAUUAUUUGUGACGAAUGAAUACAUAUUCGAUGAACUCUAUCCACAGUACAUGAAUAUUGUCGUUUCGGAUAAUUGUAUCUUAUUGCCUAUAGUAAUUUAUAAUUUAUAAUAUGCUUGUGUUUGGAAAAGAUGAAGAAAAUAGAUAGUUUUGUGAAUUGAUAAAAGUAUAAGCAGAUGUGUUAAACGAUCGUGAAUUAUAUUUAGAGAGUAAAGGAAUAUUGAAAAUAUUUAAUAAUGGGUGUUUUAAAAAUAUCUUUCAAAUCUUUUUCUUGAUCUACUCUCUUCAUCGUUGCAAAUACAAUUUUUUUCGGGAAUUCAACAGACAAAACGAUGAUUAAAAAUGACAAAUGAUAGUUUUUUAAUAAAGUUAUCGUUAACGAUACACAUAUUCAAUGUGUGUAUGUUUAUGUAUUCGUUUCAAAAUUAUUUGAAAUUAGUAGCUUUCUAUUUAUCUAUUGACACAUAUUUUUACAAUUUUAACAUCGCAUUUAUCAUGAAUUAGACAUUUAUGAAGGCUUAGAAUUCACACAAUGAACGCUGUUACUAAAAUUUUAGAUAAAAAGUCAUAAAUUUCUCUCUAUGUGUCAGCAUAUUUCUAUUCUCUAUGAAUUUCUAAAAAGGUUAAAAUACUAAUAUUCCUUGAAAAACUUGGCAAACAUUAAUUAUUAUAGCACUCGCAUCGGUGCUAUCUCCACCGACUGGCUCCUAAACGUUCGUAAACCACUCGCCCAGCCAGUGGUGUGUUGCAUGCUGGAGAACCGCGUUAGAGGAAGGUGUUCGCCCGGUGGUCAGGUGGGGAUGAAGGCCGCAGUACUGCUUCUGCAAACGCCUCGACGAUGUGCACCUAGACCUACAAAACAAGAUAACUCGCGGCGAUUUACCGGCGACUCGUUGCGUUGCACUCGCGGAUCCGAGACGUCGAUAGACGCCACGAGUUGAGAACGCGAGACGCGUGUUUUCCUACCUUAAAAGUGUAUAUAGAUUUGUUCUCGUGAAAAAUCCAAGUUUAUGUUGUAAAAUUCGCACGAUUUCAUACGAUAAUAACAUAAUUAGGGAUAGUAUUAGAUUCAGGAUUAUGAGAUUAAUUUUGUAUCGUUUCGAUUUUAAUUGAUGGUGGUGAAGCUGCGAAUGAAACUGUCGAUGGUGUUAUAAAGAUGUGAGAAAAUUUGUCAUCUUUUACGUCUCAAGAAUCGAAACCGUGGUUUCGCCGCAGGCAGCCGCGAGAGAUGUGGUCGCGCACGCGAUUCUUGCUCCUGGCGUGGACGAUCGCGUUGUUGACCGGGAUACGGUUCAGCAACGGGUCCCAGAGGCCGCGUCUCGGCGGCGCCGUGAACAUCUUCAGCCGUUACGGUUACCUCAGCAUCAGCAUGAGAGUGGUCCCAAGAAACGACACCGAGACAUGGAUCUUCCGUGAACCGACAUUAGAUGUUUUCAGGAAUCCUGUCCCCAUGAUGACCAGGCAACGACAACAGACCGCUGUGUUCGAUGGAGACUUCCAUAUGGAGUUUUGCGACAAUGUUCGCCAACUUCUGCAAGCAUACUUCCGGGACUUCACGUUCGAACGGCUGGAAAGGCCGUGGCGAGCGUUCAGCGCCAGCUGGUCGAAGGCGGCCAUUGCUCGCCAUUUAGGCAUCAACUCGUCCUUCAUCACAGGUGAUCAUUGUUACGUGUUGGUACGUGUUGCCAGAUUCCGCGAGAAUCAGAAAUUGGCUGGUACCGCGGAAACGAUGAUCCUAGACGAGGCGGUUCUUCGGGAAACGGAGAACGUUACGGUCGGUGAUACGGCGAGUGUGGUGCGAUUUAUCAAACACUUUGGAUCGCAUUAUAUCGCCGCUUACGUCACUGGAAACUCUUUGUAUCAGGUGUUCGUGUAUACACAACAAGCGUAUCUACGUAUCAAAGAACGAUUGAAGACCCGUGGCGUAGCAGAUCUAUCGAAUAUCGAAUUGAACAACUACUUUUCACCGUGGUACGCGGAGCACAUGGGCUCCAUACAGGCAGCGAGCGGAAAUCGCACCGUCGAGUCAUGGGCGGUGGAACGGCUUCGAAACCAAUAUUACAUUUUCUCAUACGCCAGUUUGCUGAAAUUACAUGGUGAUGCGAUGUUGCUGAAGCAACUGGAUAGUUUGUUGGGUAACGAGGCAUUACUGCAACUACAGCUAAAGACACUGGCACCCAUUUUCAAAGAUCCUCAACGACGCGAAUGGUUCCUUGAGGUUAUUGAUAAUUACUUUAAGUUAUGGGAGGUGAAUAUGUGAAGUAAAAAAAUACGUCCUGAAAGGAGAAAAUUGAUACACCUCCGUCAUAUUUACGUAAAAUUACGUAAAAUUACCGAUCGUAUUUGAAUGUGACGGACCAUGAUAUACAUAUAUGUGUAUUAGAAGAAAAAGAUCGAUGACUUCGACAUGGAAAGAUCAUUUGAUUGUCGUAGAACGAUUAGUGUUCGAACAGUCGUUAGUCACGGUCUGCUGGAUGUUCACUAUUGUUUCUCCGUCAAACGGACGUUAGAAUUUAAUAGAGAAACGCCCAACUACUAUAUUGUUAUUAAAUAAGUAUUUAUUAAUAUAAUCGACGAUAGAAAACAUUUUUAUACAAACGUUUUAAAUAUAUAUAUAUCAUAUAUAUAUAUCACAAGCAAUUUUCGUAAAAAUGACUGAAAAAAACGCGAUAUCCUGUUCCUAUGUUUGUCGGUUUAUUUUUCAUAUUGUUUUAAUAAUAUCUGUUGCAUUUUCGUUUAAGCUCUUCAGAAAUAUAGCGACAAAAACAGAAAUAGGAUUCGUCGUUUUUUUCUUUUUUCUCGCUAGUUUUCUUCUCGAGUGUGAACUUCGAUAAAUCAAUUUCAAUAUUUUUGAAAAUAAAUCUACGUAUUAUAUAUUUUACAA